AAGACCAACGAGGACUGACGAGGACCACCAGACGAGGACUCAAGCUGCAAGCUUGCUCAAGCUCUAGGCCACAAAGGAUCCUCUUUAUAGAGGAAUUUCGAUCACAGGAAGCCAACUUCGGGAUCUGUCGGAUCGGGAUGUCGGGGAUCUUACCGCUGCGUACCGCCUGGCGCUCGUGUAUUAUUAACAUUUAGAUUUUCAUUGUAAAACAAUCGGAAAUAAAUUGUUAUCUAAUGAUGGCCUCGUAUUCGAAAAAGGAAAUGCUUGAACAGAAAAAAGUGAAGAAGAAACUGAGCAAGGCACAGAUGCAGUUAGCAAUAAUUAAGAAGAAACAGUGCGAUGCUAAAGCUCUCGCGAUUGUAGAGCAGUUAUUAGAACCCGAAGUGGAUUCCCAAUGGCUUUUAAGCAAUUUAAAAUAUAUUAACAAAAGUCACAUGGAAGAUGUGAUCGAAGAAAGAGCUAUAAUUAAAUUGUGUGGCUAUGUGCUAUGUAAUAAUCCACUGACAAAAGUGAUCAAUCAACAAUAUCAUAUAUCGACCAAGAAAAAUAAAGUAUAUGAUGUAUCGUUACGGAAAAACUUUUGUAGUUCAAGUUGUUUUGGUGCUUGCAAAUAUCUUUUGGAACAAAUGCUGACAAGCCCCUUGUGGCUAAGAGAAAAAGAAGAGAUUCCAGAAUUUAAAAUACUGUUAGCUCCAGAUAAAUUAAGAAGUGCUCCUGGUGAUGAAAUUGACGUGAGAGACAUAAGCACUGUAGAUCCUGAUGUAAAAAAUGAUGAUGAGCAAGAUGAAACAAUUAUUAAAGACCCAGUGAAUGUUCGUACAGUAAUUAACGCACAUGGAAUAGGAACAGUGGAAGAAAAUGUCCAACCAAAUCCAGGAAGGAAAUUUGAUAUUAGUGAGCAGUAUUCAAAUAACUUUGAGGAACAAUGUAAAGAUAUGGAAGAUCCAUGCACCCAUAUAAAUGAAAAGAAUAAUCUUGAUACAGAGUUUAAUACACAAGACAGCACUCCAAACAUUCGAAAUGUAGAGAGUGCAAAUAAUAGCACAACUUCAAAAGAUAUAGGAAACAAGGAACAAAUUGGAUCAGCAAUUGAAGAAGACACUAUUAGCAAUAAAGAUUCUGUAGAAAAAAUAAAUCAAAGUAAACAGAAGAAACAUAAAAAGAAUUUAGUUAAAGAUGCAGAACCAACAGAAUUUUAUAAUCUUGCAACACGCAUUGAAGUAAGUGCAAGGGAAUGGAUUACCGAAGACACCAUUUGUUUAUUGUCGGGAAAGGAAGAUGAUAAAACUCGGUUAUUAGAAAAUAUAAUUCAACAGGACAGAUAUUUGCAUUUGUGUAAAAGAUUAAAUAAAUUACAACUGGAAGAUGAGAAGGAUGAUAAUAUAAAUCUAACUAUGAAUAGUUUAAAACCAUUGCCAGAUUUAUCUGCUCUUCAAGAAGAAGGAAAGAAAAUUGAAUUAAAAGUACAAUCAUUUUAUAAGGGCAGUACGGUUAUAGAUAAUCGUAGUAGUACAGAAACUAAAGAACAAGAUAAUUUUACUCCAGUAUUACCUUUGAUAGAUGCACAUGCACCCAAAGCGAUUAGACGUCGAAUAUUUUUAGAUAAACUUAACCGAAUAUUACCUGAUCUGUUACGUAUGCUAUCUAGUAACAGAUUACCUCAAUAUGUAUACAACAGUGAAAAGAGUACUUUGAUCAAAGCGUUAGUUAAUACUUUCUCAUUAUCCGCUGCGAAUAUCGUCUUUAAAACGGCCGAAUGGACUCUCGUGGGUCUUAUCAUUAUCAAAAUGUUGAGCUUGAUGGAUCCUCAGUUGAAAACUGUAUUAUCAACGAAACAGGCAUCAUUGUACAUAUCAAUGAUUUUGAUGUCUUAUAAACUAGACCCAAAUUAUCUAGAUAGAUUAGUGAUGGAACUGAUCGGCGGUACAGAAACAUCGAGUACAGAUAAUUUCGUGAUUUAACUUUUAUGUUACAUUGUGGAAAACAUGCUUUCAUAUUUAUUGUAAAUGAAUACAAGAUACAAAACAUA